AUGUCCAUCCUGGACGCCUACCCCGAGUACGGCUCGACGGCCUGCCUCGACACGCUGCGGCAGACCGACUACAGCUACCUCGACGAACAGCACCACGUGUACCUCGACUACACGGGCAGCGGACUGGCCGCCCGCAGCCAACACCGCGCGCACGCCGAGCGGCAGACGUCGUUGGUGCUGGGCAACCCGCACUCGGUGAGCCCCACGAGCGAGUGUGCCACGGCCUUGGUGGAGGCGACGCGGACGCAGAUCCUGGAGCACUUUGGAGCGUCGCCGGACGAGUAUGCCGUCGUCUUUACCGCGAAUGCCACGGGCGCGGCGCGUCUUGUGGGCGAGGCGUACCGCUGGGGGCCCACAUCGACGAGCACGAGGACGAAACCAAGGACUGGGACUCGGUCCGGGCGACGGGGCCGCGCGCAAAGGCGGCUCGUGUUGACGGCCGACAACCACAACUCCCUCCACGGGCUGCGGGAAUACGCCCGGCGGCAGGGCGUCGCAACGCAGUAUGUGCCGUGUCGGAUGCCGGACAUGGAUGUGGACGAGACGGUGCUGAUGGACGUCCUGGCGCCAGAGGCCGGACCAACGGCAAGCUCGCGGCGAGCAUCCAAACCAACGCCGAACGGAUGGCAGCGGUUCUUUAGCAGCGUCUUUUGUGGACUCUUGGACGGGAAGGCGGACAUGGACGAAAAGGACGUCGAGGCUGAGGACGACGGCGUUGGUGACAUCACCAUAACUCCAAACAGCACCACCACCGCCCCGUCCUCCUUUGACCACCCCCACGACCGCGGCCUCUUUGCCUACCCGGCCCAAAGCAACUUUUCCGGUGUCCGCCACUCCCUGGACUGGAUCGCCGCCGCCCAGCGCCGCGGCUACGACGUCUUGCUGGACGCCGCGGCCUACCUGCCGACGUCGCGGCUCGACCUAUCCCGCGUGCACCCGGACUUUGUGCUGGUCAGCUGGUACAAGCUGUUUGGCUACCCGACCGGCGUGGGCUGUCUGGUGGCGCGGCGCGAAGCGCUGGGACGGCUGGACCGGCCGUGGUUUUCGGGCGGCACCAUCCGGGCCGUCAGCGUGGGGCUGCACUGGCACACACCGGCGCACCGCGUCGAGGCGCAGUUUGAGGACGGCACGGUGAAUUUCCAGUCGAUCCCGGACGUGGGCGUGGGCCUCCAGUGGCUCAAUGCCGCGCGCGGGGGGGCCGCCCUCGCGUGCGGCAGAGGCGGCAGCGACGACGCCAAGCGAGGCGAGGGGGACACACAAAUGGACACGCCGGCGGACAGGCUCGCGCUGGUGUCCGUCCGCGUCCGCUGCCUGACGGGCUGGUUCCUGGACCGGCUGGUCGUCCUGCGGCACAGCAACGGCCGCCCGAUGGUGCGCCUCUACGGUCCGCCGCACUGCCUGCCCGACGGCAGCAACCGCGGCGGGACGGUGACGUUCAACGUGUUGAAUACGGCGGGCGUGGUCGUGGACGAGCGCAUCGUGGCGCGGGAAGCGGCCAAGGCGCGCAUCUCCCUGCGGACGGGAUGCUUCUGCAACCCGGGCGCCGGAGAGGCGGCGCUGCAGUAUACCUGGGCGGACAUGCUGAAGCUGCAGGCGUUGGCCAUGCGGAGCGCGGGCGGCGAGACGUUGCAGGCGUUGAACAGCGCCGCGGUGGCUGGUCCCGCCGCCCACGUGGCGCGGGAUUGGACGCGGCCAGACAGUGGGUAUGAAGACGGAACGGUGACGCAGGCGUCGGAGGAGGAGGAGGUCUCAUCGCCCCAGCCGUCGUCUGUACCGACGCCGUCGGCUGCGUCCACUACGUCGACGACGUCGACUGCAUCGGCAUCUGCAACCAGAGACAACAGCGACUGGCCCGUCACCGGCGCCGUCCGCGUGUCCUUUGGCAUCGCUUCCAACACAGCCGACGUCGACGCCUUUUUUGCCUUUGUCCGCCGUGUAUUCCGUGACUGGGCGGGCGACAAUUCUGGAAUGGAGCCGAGGAUCGAGUGUUAA